UGUCAGUUAACGUUCAACGUUCGCUGUUCAACUACGUGCUGUGCCGAUUUGUCGAAUAUGAGAUAGCGGAAGGACACUGGCUUCUACAGAACACGCUCUUUGCGAAAUCGCUUUUUCUUGACACCUCCUUUCCUCUGAACCGUCUUUUCUCUGUACAUCGCUACAUUACCGAGAUAUCCGUCAACUGAUUGUCAUGGAGACAACCCUUACUCAUCGGCCCUGGGAGCCCGCUACCACGGGACCACACACCCCCCCGGUAUCCUCUACUCAGACUCUUCCGUCCAUUUCGACUUUGACGGCAAGUAUGGCCGGUGGCAUCCCUACUCAGGCGGAGAAAUCACCGGGAAAUGCUUCCCUAAAUACGAUAGAGCGAGAUUCGGGGAAUUGGUCGAUGCCUCAAAGUACCAGGUCGUCUACAUAUUCCACCGCGACCAACGGGACCGGCAAUUAUCCCUCCCUCUCCUUCCUCACAUCCUCUCAGCCUUCCCCCAACCGCGCAUCCUAUGUCUCCGAUCGAUCUCCUUAUCCCAACGAUCACUCCAACACCAACACACCUUCUUCUGCGGGGGCGCAGCCCUCCCCAAACUUCGGUUCUACUCAACCAAACACCACCUUACCUUCCAUUAACCAAAAUUAUGAUGCUCCUUCUCAACGAGGCAGUAUCGUGGAGCCUCCUGAAUCGCGACGGAGCAGUGUGGAUAGUAGAAUGAACCAAGGAAUUAGCUCGCUAGCUAUCAAUCCGGCCUCCCCUUACCACAGCACAAAUGUCUCCCAAACCUCGAUUGUUUCGGGUCUUCAGAGAGAGCGGGGCAUAUCCAUGGAUGUGAACAUGAACAGCUCCUACCGUGGUCCUCGAUACUCGGGAGGGCAGCCGCUCUCUCCACUUGGGCCGCGGGCUGGCGAACAUCGCGGGUUUGCAGCUGGUCGUACUGCACCUGCUAUCUCGUCAAAUCCUCGUUCAGAGAUCUACAAUGCGGAGGCGCCUACCGCUGGUCUCGCAUACGCUUUCCCAGAUCCAGACGUUGCGCGAUCGAAUUCCGUCUCUUCUACCACGGAAAAGUCAACCAACCAAUUCUCGCGGAAAGGAAGUACUGCCGAAUCCUUGGCCAGCAGCGUUUACUCCGAUGCACGGCUGCCCCGUGGACAGCAUGGUAUGUCUUAUCAGCCGUUCUUUUCGGCAUCUAUAGUCCCUGAUCCUCUGACUCGUACAGAACUUCCACAAAAUGUACACCACCAUUCCUUACAGCACAAACAAGUCCGCGGCCUUAUUGGAGAGUCUGAGGCACACAGUGGCAGUACUCCAUAUAGCAGAACUCCGGAGUUGCGUGUAACACAUAAGUUGGCGGAGCGAAAGCGCCGCAGUGAGAUGAAGGAUUGUUUCGAGGCCUUGCGUGUACGCCUCCCACAGAGCCAAAACAACAAGUCUAGUAAAUGGGAGACACUUACAAGAGCUAUCGAGUACAUUGCACAUCUGGAGAAAAUGCUCGGUAGUACACGCCGAGAAAAUGAGAUCCUGAGAAGCGAACUUGACGAGAUGCGGGCUCAACUCAGUCAGCAGCAAGCCAACGGCCAAUCUCGACAGCCGUCGAUCUUCGAGCAUCAUUCAAUGGCGGCAUCCCAGCCAAAUGGACAGGUGCACGGCCCUAUAUUUUCCGGUUAUGCUCCUGGCUCCGGAAUGACGCAAGAGCAACCUCGUACGCUGCCUCCUCUCAUGAACGGGACGGUUGCUCCAAUGCAAGGGGUGCAGUAUACCGAUGAACGACGAUAGCCGAUGGUUGGCUACCGAACGGUCUCCCAUGGAAU